GUUCAAAACUGGAAUGGUUUUGAUUUAAGUUUACUGGUCUUAACGAAGGCGUCCGUUGUCGUGUAGAUUGCCGCGUCGCAUCACAUCCAAGACUUGUUUUGAAAAAAGAAAGUUUCAAAAGCUUUCCCUGCCUUGAUACGAAUUUCAGUGAUUCAUGACAACGAUUCACCGCUAAAAAGUUUCAAUUAUUACUAAGCCGAAUUACUAAGUGUCUAUUUUGAGGCCUAAAUAUAUUAAAAUAAUAAAUAAAUAUAAUAAAAUAAACUCGUUGCUACAAGUCUGGAGGUGCUUAAUAAAGUUCGUCACUGACUCAGCGGCGUCGACAUGCUGCAGUACGAACAGGAGAUGCUGGCUCAGCUCAUGGAGCAGGAUGGACUGCUCAUCAUGGCACGAGGCCUGGGGCUGGAGCGGCUACUAGGGGCGCUGGUAGCGGCCCACAGCGCCCCGUCCUGCCUGGUGCUCGUGGUGGGCGCCAGCGUCGAGGAGGCGUCCUACGUCAUCGAGACCUGUGCCCACCUCCUACAGGACCCAGCGCUGCCCCCCCGCAUCCUGACCGCUGAUGUGCCUGUCGCUGAGAGGUCGGCGCUGUACCUGCAGGGGGGUGCGCUGUUCGUCUCCUCCCGCAUCCUGGUCGUCGACCUGCUCAUGAACCGCGCGCCCGCACACCUCAUCUCAGGCAUUGUGGUGUGGAAGGCGCACAAAAUCCUGGAAAGCUGUCAAGAAGCGUUCAUCUUGCGUCUCUACCGCCAGAAAAACAAGACAGGCUUCAUCAAGGCGCUGUCUAACAGCGCGCUGAGCUUCACGCAAGGCUUCUGUCAAGUGUCGCGGGUCAUGAGGAACCUCUUCGUCAGGAGACUGUACCUCUGCCCUCGCUUCCACCUCACCGUGAACUCCACCCUCGCACAGCACCAGCCCGAGGUGGUGGAGCUUCACCUGACGAUGACGGCCGCCAUGCACGCCAUCCAGGCCAGCCUCGUCGACAUCGUCGCCUGCACCGUCCACGAGCUCAGGCUCGCCAAUAAGGGCUUCAUCGACAACGAUAUGCUCACCCCAGAGUGGGCCCUGAGUCCCGUCUUGUCCCACAGCUCACCCCAGAGUGGGCCCUGA